AAAUCUAAGUAUUUUUUAGAAAUCAACGAAUGCGCAUCUGAACCUUGCAAAAACAACGGCUCAUGUUUGGAUGAAAUAAAUGGAUAUGUUUGCAGAUGUACAGAUGGCUAUGAUGGAAUACAUUGUGAAAAAGAUAUAAACGAAUGUGAAUUCAGCCAGUGUGAAAACAAUGGAACAUGUGUUGACAAAAUUAACGAUUUUGCGUGUGAAUGCCCGGAUGGAGUCACUGGAACUUAUUGCGAAAACGAUAUUGAUGAAUGUGAUUCUGGAAUUCAUGAAUGUGAUAGAAUCAACGGACUCUGUGUGAAUACGAUGGGAUCCUAUUCUUGCGAGUGCUCUGGUGGAUAUGUAUUAGACGGAACCCUCUGCGUUGAGCCCAGCCCGGACUUCAUUCAAGCCGCGAACAAAAACUGAUACCAAAUUUAAGAGAUGUCGUCGAUUCUAAGAAACGUCAAUUUUAAAAUGAAGUGAAAACUAUUCAAUAUAUACUAAAGUUACCAAUGCAGUUCUCUUUAUAAACAUAGAUUUAAGAAAACACUGACAACCUUUGAGCAGAAAACAUUACAUCCUUCUAAACUUAUUAAUUGCCGGUUUCAAUUUUUUUAUCAAAUUUUACGUUAUCGUUGUUGGAUCUUCCCAUAUAAUUCUAAUAUAUACCAAUUUUGCUACGAUCAAGGUCGAACCCCAGAAAUCUCUUUGCUUUAAUUUGACUGUAUUUGCGUAUAAUUACUAGG